GUCAUUCUUGACAUUCUUGUCAAAACACAGCAUUCACCUCACGAUAAUGAAUCCAGUAAUUUUCAAGAAAAUCAUCAAACUUUGUGAGCAAUAUGAAGAACAGAACUGUUUAACCCCUGCAGAGUACAUAACUGCCAACAGAAGCAACGAAGAUGAAGAGGUACUUUUCAAUUUCCUCAAUCUGCAACGUCAUAACCAAAUCCUUCAAGAAAUAGUGGAACAUUUCAUUGAAUAUAACUCAAUAACUAUCAAGUUGAACAUGAUACGCUUCAAAGUACUAUUUUACGUACUAAUAUUCACGUUGGAUGUAGAAGAUAAAAGUGGUAUAGAGAAAAUAUUCAUCAUAUCGAACAAAAUAACUCAUGCUAUACGAGUACUGCUUUACUAUAUGGACGAAGAAAACCAAAUUCGCACAGCUAAAAUAGCUUGUAAGUAUUUCGAGAAUGAUUAUGUAUUGUCCAACUUCGUUUAUCCCAUCCUGGAUAACAAAGACGAAUUUAAAAAAAUACACGAAUAUGUCAUAGAAUACGAGAAGUGUCUUUAUAAAAAAGAUUGCACUGUACCGAUAGAGAUGAACGUCUCGAAAAAGCCCAUGAAAAUUCCUGCUGUUCCUGUUAACACCCCUGCGGAAAUGGAAACAUUUCACAGUACUCCUCUUCCAAAAACAACCUACCGUCCAGAUAAAACAGUUCAGAAGAAUUUAUCCAAAGAAUAUGAGAAGAACCACAUCAUGGCGAGAGAACUACUCGAAAAAGCGAAAAACAUGCCAGAUUUCGGAAAACAAUUUAAACCAAACGAAGAGGAACCAAAACCAAAAAUUCCAUCUUUCAGAAAUAAGAAGAGGAUAUCUUUAAAACAAGACGUUCCGAUAAAAGCAAAUCUAACAACUAUAAUAAGAGAGGCAGCACUGUACGCCAAAGAAAAAGAAACGUGUAUCGAAAAAAUUAAUGAAAUAUUAAAAGGGGGUGUCGACACCGAAUUAGUUAAAAAAUUUGAAAAAGACAUUCGCGAGGAAGAGGAAAAAAGACAAAUUGAAGAAAUCGAACGUAAGAAACUGUUAUGUAUGUUGAGUCACGAAGAAGCAAUAAUAGCUAAAUGUAAGUUGAAAGCGAAAAAUAAACAGAAGUAUUUUGAGAUGCUGGAAGAGAGAGAAGAACUAAAAGCAAAGCUGACUGAAUGGAAGAAAAAGGAGCAUGAAAAUUAUAGAAUGAAAAUCGAGAGAGCGCAGGAAUCACAUAAAAACGCUAAAGAGUCUGAAAGAAAAAUGAUAGACGAUAAACAAAGUAAUGCUAGAUUAGUACAAUGGGAAUCGAGAAUGCUCCUAUGUAAAGCAAUGGAAGAAAAAGAGAAAGAACUAGCGCGAAAAAUGCACAUAAUACAAGAAAUAAAAGCUAUUCACCAAGUCAGGAAAUUGGACACUUCCAAAGAAUUCGAUAGGACAGAGUGUCCUAAUCUAGGACUUUUAUGCGAAAUGUCCAUAGCAGAACUAGAAGAAAGACUCCGAUUGAUAAAGAUUGAAGAAGAAGAUAAGUUGAACGAAAAACGAGAGUGCAUUUCGAAGAUGAAAGAAGAAAAGAAUAAAAUGAUUCAAGAAGCAAAAGAAUUUAUUGAACAACAUCGUUCGUCUAGGGUGAAACCAAAAAAGCGAGAAAAAAUUAUUUUGAGUGAGAGUGAAGAUAUUAAACAGUUGAAAAAGAAAUAUGAGGAAGCUAAGAAAAUAAGAGAAGCAUGUAGGGUUUGUCCUUGUAGACCUUGUCCUAUUGUUCUUGGACACGAGCGAAAUAAAAUUUGAAAGUAG